UUGGGUUCGACUCCCGGCGCUGUUUUAACCGCCGCUCCACUGAGUUGAGUUAUCACAUCAGUGUUAACACUUUCUCUGGCAGAAUGUUAGUGAUUAAUGACUAUCCUACAGUAUUCUCCCGUUCAUAAAGAAGACAUUUCAUGACAUAGGCUCAGAAAAAAACAAGCGCAGGUCUGGUUUUUUUUAUCUGUAGCUCAUUGGAUCAGGCUGUAGCUCGGGCACGCGCAUCCUGUUACCAGGCAGAUCCUCGCAAACAUGGCGGCGACUGGGAACGAAGCUGAGACGCUGUUAGCUGAUAUCAAGGAGGAGGAGGAGGAAGCCGAGGAGAUGGAGAGAGAAAUGGAGUCGGGAGAGGAAGAGGCAAUGGGCGUCGAGAAUUCCGAAGAUGAAGAGGACGACGACACGUCGGAGGACGAGCGGGAAAAUGAAGCAGAAAUCCAGCGCUUGGAGGAGCAGCUGUCGAUCAAUGCAUUUGAUUAUAAUUGCCAUGUGGACCUGAUCAAGCUGCUGAGGCAGGAAGGGAAGCUGUACAGACUGCGCAAGGCCAGGCAGAAGAUGAGCGAACUCUUCCCUCUCACUGAAGAGAUCUGGCUGGACUGGCUGAAGGACGAAAUCGGCCUGAUGGAGGGUGACGAGGCCGAGCGUGAGAAGAUCUACGAGCUCUUUGAGAAAGCUGUAAAAGACUACAUCUGUCCUGAUAUCUGGUUGGAGUAUGCACAGUACUCUAUAGGUGGCAUGGGCGCUGAGGGAGGCAUCGACCGCGUGCGCACCAUCUUCGAGAGGGCUCUGACUGCUGUGGGUUUGCACAUGACCAAAGGAGCUGCGCUCUGGGAGGCCUUCCGGGAGUUUGAGAUCGCCAUCCUCUCCACCCUGCAGCCUCCCCCUGGCAGUAUCUCGAGUCCUGAGCAACAGGAGCAGCUGAACGUGCAGCUCGACAGAAUCCACACUCUCUUCAGAAGGCAGCUUGCCAUACCUCUAAUGGAUAUGGAAAGCACAUACACUGAGUACUCGGAUUGGACGGACGAGGGGGUGCCGGAGACAGUCACGCAGCACUACAAGCGAGCUCUGCUGCAGCUGGAGAGUCGCAGGUCUUAUGAGGAGGCUCUGUUGGUGUCGGAGCCGCCGAAGCUGGCGGAGUAUCAGAGUUACAUAGAGUACGAGAUGAAGGAGGGAGACCCUGCUCGAGUUCAGAUCAUAUUUGAGAGAGCGCUGGGGGAGAAUUGUUUAGUUCCAGACCUUUGGGCCAAAUACACUACUUAUCUGGACCGCCAGUUGAAGAUCAAAGAGCUGGUGUUGUCCUGUCAUGAACGGGCAGUCCGGAACUGCCCCUGGACCAUGGGCUUGUGGAAGAGCUACCUGUUGGCUCUGGAGAGACACCACGCAGAGCAUCACAUAAUCUCUGAUGUGUUCGAAAAGGCGCUGAAUGCUGGCUUCAUACAGGCCACUGAUUAUGUAGAGAUCUGGCAGUCGUACCUGGAUUACCUGAGGAGACGUGUCGAUUUUAGCAAAGAGGGGAGCAGAGAGCUAGAGGAGCUGCGGGCAGCUUUCACACGCGCUCUCGACUACCUGAAGCAAGACGUGGAGGAACGGUUUACUGAGAGUGGUGAUCUGUCCUGUACAAUAAUGCAAAUCUGGGCCAGAAUAGAGGCUUUGCACUGUAAGAAUAUGCAGAAAGCACGAGAACUGUGGGAUAGCAUCAUGACAAAAGGGAAUGCUAAGUACGCCAACAUGUGGCUCGAGUACUACAAUCUGGAGAGGUCGUACGGAGAUGCUGCGCAUUGUAGGAAAGCUCUUCACCGAGCAGUGCAGUGCACGUCAGAUUAUCCAGAGCACGUGUGUGAAGUUCUUCUCACAUUUGAGAGGGUUGAGGGUUCCCUGGAGGACUGGGAUGCUGCUGUACAGAAGACCGAGUCUAGACUGAAUCGAGUGAACGAGCAGAGAGCGAAGGCAGCAGAGAAAGAGGCCCUGCUAGUCCGGCAAGAAGAAGAGCGAGCCGAACAGCGUCGCAAAGCCAAGGCCGAAAAGAAAGCACAGAAAAAGAGCCAGAAAACAAACAGAACAGGAGACAAGAGGAAGGCAGAAGACGUGGGUGAAGAUGAAUGGGGAGAGGAGACUGAGCGCAAGAGGCACAGAGGUGAGGAGGACGUCUCAGAGGAGCAGAUGGAGACGGAAAGCGGGCUGCACGGGCGCCGUGCUCCUCCGCAACACAAAACAGAGACCCCAGCUGCCCGCAAAAACCAGCAGGUGGUGACAGAAGUAAAAAAUACCCCGGCCAGAAUGCCAGAUGAACGCAGUGACUCAAACAGCGUGUUCGUCAGUAAUUUAGCCUUCAAUCUGGAAGACCCCGAGGGAAAAAUGAAGGCUGCGUUUGGGAGCUGCGGCACCAUCGUGCAGGUGCGACCAGUGUUUACUGCAAAGGGCGCCUUCAGAGGAUACUGCUACGUGCAGUUUGAGGAUGAGCUGGCCGCUCGGGAGGCACUGAAGCUGGACAGACAGGAAGUGGCUGGGCGGCCUAUGUUUGUGUCUCCCUGCGUAGAUAAGAGCAAAAACCCAGACUUUAAGGUCUUCAAGUACAACACAUCGUUGGAGAAGCACAAAAUAUUCAUCUCGGGGCUGCCUUUCACCUGCACUACAGACAAGCUGGAGGAGCUGUGUAAGGAGCACGGCACGGUCAAAGCCGUCCGCCUCGUCACCAACCGCUCCGGCAAACCCAAGGGCCUGGCCUACGUGGAGUUUGAGAACGAGGCGCAGGCGUCUCAGGCCGUGUUAAAGAUGGACAGGACGAAGCUGGAGAAUCACACGCUCUCUGUGGCCAUUAGUAAUCCUCCAGCCAGGAAGACAGAAUUCACACCAGCUCUGGGCGGCAUGAUGCCUCGCCAGGUUCAGGGCAGUCGUGGAAAAGGACGCACGCAGGUGUCUUUACUCCCUCGCUCUCUGCACCGUCAAAACACACCACAGGCGAAAACGGAGAACGGCACCGCAGCCAAACAGCAGGAUGGCAUGAGCGAUGGAGUGCAAGCCGAAAACCCCGGAACAAAGCCCCUGUCCAACGAGGAUUUUGCAAAGAUGCUCCUGAAAAAGUGAGGGGAAAAAAAACCGAACACAACCUGUUAACUUGCCUUGUGUCAGAAGCCAUUCUGUGUCCUUAAUGCGAUAGAGAGGAAGAAAAGCAGUGCUUUACGUUCUUUUUCCUGUAAAUACAUGAACCCACCCAUGUUCUAUUAAAAAAAAAAAAAAGGUUUUAACAGUA